AUGCGAGCCGUUUUCUCCUCCUCUCCUGUCGACGGCGAUACAGUUUCUCAUGAUGAGGAGGCUCAUCAUGUGACCACCAAGCUCUCUCACAUGUUGCUCAUUAAGCUGCUGCUGGUAGCUAAAGACCAGCAGCAGCAUCACCUCAGUUCAGACCUUGGUUCAGACCUUGGUUCAGACCUUGGUUCGGACCUUGGUUCAGACCUUGGUUCAGACCUUGGUUCGGACCUUGGUUCAGACCUUGUUUCAGACCUUAGUUCGGACCUUAGUUCGGACCUUGUUUCAGACCUUGGUUCGGACCUUAGUUCGGACCUUAGUUCGGACCUUGGUUCAGACCUUGACAACGGCGAGGACUCCCACCGUAUCUCCCCCAGCCCGGUGGUCCAUGUCCGGGGUCUGUGUGAGGCCGUGGUGGAGGCCGACCUCAUCGACGCUCUCGACAAGUUUGGAUCCAUCUGCUAUGUGAUGAUGAUGCCGUUCAAGCGCCAGGCUCUGGUGGAGUUCUCGGCCGUGGAGAGUGCCGACCGCUGCGUCUCCUGUGGAGCCAAAGAGCCCGUCUUCAUCGCAGGCCAACAGGCGUACUUUAACUACUCCACGUCCAAGAGGAUCACCAGGCCAACCAACGCCGACAACCCCAACAGUGGCAACAAGGUCCUGCUGCUGUCCAUCCAGAACCCCCUCUACCCCAUCACCACGGACGUCCUGUACACGGUGUGUAACCCCAUCGGCAGCGUGCUGAGGAUCGUCAUCUUUAAGAGGAACGGGAUCCAGGCCAUGGUGGAGUUCGAGUCGGUUCAGUGUGCUCAGAAGGCCAAAGCUGCUCUGAACGGAGCCGACAUCUACGCCGGAUGCUGCACGCUGAAGAUUGAAUACGCCAGGCCGACUCGUCUGAAUGUGAUCAAGAACGACAACGAGAGCUGGGACUACACCAAACCAUACCUGGUCAGACGAGACCGUGGUAAAGGCAGGCAGAGACAGGCCAUCCUGGGAGAACACCCGUCCUCCUACAGUGAUAACGGCUACGGCCCCCCCUGCCCCCUGCUGCCUCUGCCUGGUAACAGCAGGUAUAAACUGGCCUCCGUGGAUGUUCCUGACAUGGUUUCCUACCCGCUGCCCCAGUCCUCCUCCUCCUACUCUGGCCACGCCCCCAGCUCCGUUGCCAUGGUGAGCGGACUCCAUUCCUCCAAGAUGAACUGCACGCGCAUCUUCAACCUCUUCUGCCUCUACGGGAACAUUGAGAAGGUGAAGUUCAUGAAGAGUGUUCCUGGCACGGCGCUGGUGGAGAUGGGGGAUGAGUACGCUGUGGACAGAGCCAUCACACACCUCAACAGCAUCAAGGUGUUCGGAAAGAGACUCAACGUCUGCGUGUCCAAGCAGCACGCGGUGAUCCCCAGCCAGGUGUUUGAGUUGGAGGACGGCAGCAGCAGCUACAAGGACUUCGCCAUGACCAGGAACAACCGCUUCAGCAGCGCCGGCCAGGCGUCCAAGAACAUCAUCCAGCCUCCGUCUGCCGUGCUGCACUACUACAACGUCCCACCCUGCGUCUCCCAGGACCACCUGCUCAGGCUGUGUACGGAGCAUGACGUUCCUGGCUUCGUCAAGUUCAAGAUGUUUGAUGCCAAACCCUCCUCUAAGACCAUCUCUGGCCUGCUGGAGUUCGACAGUAAGACUGAAGCUGUGGAGGUCCUGACUGUCCUCAACCACUACCAGAUCAGGAUACCCAAUGGCUCCAACCCGUACACUCUGAAGCUGUGUUUCUCCACCUCGUCUCAUCUAUAAAACCUUUCA